AUGGCUAACUCUGUCAAGAUCAAAGGUAUGACGUCAACACCUAAGCAAAAGAAGAAAAAGACAUCACCUACUAUUUCUCCUGCUAGUCGCAAUAUUCGCGUGCCUACAGGUCAUCUCAUCAUCAGCGAUAAAUAUAACGAUAGUCGUAGUAUUAUACAAUUGCUAAAGGGCUGCGGGGUCAUUCACUUCAAAGAAAAUGAUAUAAUUGAUACUACAGGAUGGAAAGAGAAAUUAAGAAAACUCAUGCAGUCACCUUUGAAAGUUAUAAUACUUGCGGAGAAAACCCUAACGAAUAAUCAAUAUUAUGACCAACUGCAGACCUCUGCAGUAAUUGAGUUUGGUAUGGUGUUGUUACCCAUACAUUCAACGAACGAUAUCGCAAGUUACCUAUCAAGUCUAGUAAAUCAAGCAACGAGGCCAGUUUAUCAUAAUAAAUUUCUUGUAAAAAGAAAGCCGGAACCUAUUAACCAAGCUGUAGUAUCUACGUUAAAGCUCCUACCUAGCGUCGGUGAAACUAAGGCAAGGUUGCUUCUAAAUCGCUUUCACAGUAUUGCUGGGAUUUCUCAUGCUUCUGUUGAGGAACUAGCGGAAGUUAUUGGCAGUUCCAGUGCUGUAGCUGUAAAAAAAGCAUUUUAA